UGUAGAUACAAAAAUUUGGAACUUCUAGUACAUCUUUUCUCGAAUCGAUUUACUUUUUGCCUUACUAGGGAAUCACUCGGCGUGCAAAAGCUGUUAAUCGAGCCAUGGAUAAGCUGUUAGAGGACAUCAUCAGAGAACACGAGGAAGAUGCAACCGGAAAAUAUAAGGGUGACUUUAUAGACACAUUGCUCGCCGGCAUGGGCCAUCCCAUAAAUAGCUCGCAAGACGAGCAGGUUCACAUAAUGGGUCGGACCAACAUCAAGGCCAUAGCCCUUGACAUGAUCGCCGCAUCGUACGAGUCCUCGUCCACUGCGAUUGAGUGGGCCUUCUCCGAGCUAAUCCGCAACCCGCGCGUGAUGAAACACCUAAAAAAAGAGCUUGAAGCUGUUGUUGGGUUGGGCCGGACCAUUGAGGAGUCGGAUUUGCCAAAGCUGAAUUAUUUGGACAUGGUGGUGAAAGAGAGCUUCAGGCUAUAUUCGCCGAGGCUAUAUUCGCCGGGCCCACUCCUGAUCCCGCACGAGUCCAUGGGGGACGUCAAGAUCGGUGGGUAUUACAUCGCAAAUAGGACUAGGGUCAUCGUGAACACGUGGGCCCUUGGGAGAGACACCAAUGCUUGGGCUGAGAAUGCAGAGGAGUUCUUCCCGGAGAGGUUCGCGAGCAGCGGCGUGGACAUCAAAGGGCGAGACUUCCAGCUCAUACCGUUCGGGUCAGGUCGGAGAGGCUGCCCAGGGAUGAACUUGGGCCUUGUUAAUACUCGUCUUGUUUUGGCCCAAUUAGUGCAUUGUUUCGACUGGGAGUUACCGGAGGGGACGUCGCCGAACGAGCUGGACAUGAGCGAGGACUUCGGGUUGUCGAUGCCGAGAGAAAAGCACUUGAUCCUGAGGCCAAGUUAUCGCCUGCUUGUUUGAAGUUUCGCAAGAUUUGUUACAUGUUACCGGGCAUUGAUGUUUGAGAUUUAUUUUGACAAUUGUUGUUGUGCUAAUCUGAACAACAUAGUACUAUAGACCCAUCAAACGUUCUAGGCUGCAUCUGUCUCUCUUCAGAGAGUCAACUUAGGUGCAUCAUAACAUUACCCCUUUCUAUAUAUAAACGGGAUUUACAA